AUGCCCGGCCUACCAACAAAUAUCGAUCUCGAUGAGUGUAUCGCACGACUCUAUCGAAAGGAGCUGCUCGCGGAUUCAGUGAUCGAGGCAAUUUGCCUCAAGGCGAAAGAACUGUUGAUGAAAGAGAGCAAUGUGGUGCAUAUUGCUGCUCCGGUGACUGUUGUCGGCGAUAUCCAUGGCCAGUUCUUUGAUAUGAUUGAGAUCUUCAAGAUCGGUGGUUUCUGUCCGGACACAAAUUAUCUAUUCCUCGGCGACUAUGUCGACCGCGGCUUAUUCAGUGUGGAGACUAUCUCUCUCUUGAUCUGCCUCAAGUUACGAUACCCACAACGAGUCCACCUGAUUCGCGGCAACCACGAGUCUCGCGGAGUCACCCAAUCGUACGGCUUCUACACGGAGUGCGCACGCAAAUACGGCAACGCCAAUGUGUGGCACUAUUUCACCGAUAUGUUCGACUUUUUGACGUUAAGCGUCGUGAUUAACGAUGAGAUCUUCUGUGUACAUGGCGGAUUAUCACCUUCUAUCCAUUCUAUUGAUCAAAUCAAGAUCAUCGACCGUUUCAGAGAGAUCCCCCACGAAGGCCCUAUGGCCGAUCUCGUCUGGUCUGAUCCCGAUACUGAACGGGACGAAUUUUCUCUUUCCCCGCGUGGUGCCGGCUACACCUUUGGAGCGCAGGUUGUGCGAAAAUUCUUGGAGGUCAACAGCAUGUCACAUAUCUUACGUGCGCAUCAGCUCUGCCAAGAAGGCUACCAAGUUCUCUACGAUGACCGGCUGAGUACAGUUUGGAGCGCACCGAACUACUGCUACCGCUGUGGAAAUUUGGCGAGUGUGCUCGAAGUCAGUGACUCGGGCGAGCGCUACUUCAAUAUAUUCGAUGCUGCACCGGAGAAUGACGCCCAUCGACUUGAGCAGCUCGGGCAGCAGCAACAACAGAUGAAGGACGGCUCCAGUCCUAUGCCUGACUACUUCUUGUGA